UUUCACCUGGAACAGCAUGUCGGGCCGCAGCGUGAGGCUGAGGUCAGUCCCCAUCCAGAGUCUCUCCGAGCUGGAGCGGGCCCGGCUGCAGGAAGUGGCUUUUUAUCAGUUGCAGCAGGACUGUGACCUGUGCUGUCAGAUCACCAUUCCCAAAGAUGGACAGAAGAGAAAGAAAUCUUUGAGAAAGAAACUGGAUUCCCUAGGAAAGGAGAAAAACAAAGACAGAGAAUUCAUCCCGCAGGCAUUUGGAAUGCCCUUAUCCCAAGUCAUUGCGAAUGACCGGGCCUAUAAACUCAAGCAGGACUCGCAGAAGGACGAGCAGAAGGACGCAUCGGAUUUUGUGGCUUCUCUUCUCCCAUUUGGAAAUAAAAGACAAAACAAAGAACUCUCAAGCAGUAACUCAUCUCUCAGCUCAACCUCAGAAACACCAAAUGAGUCGACAUCACCUAACACCCCGGAACCGGCUCCUAGGGCCAGGAGGAGGGGUGCCAUGUCAGUGGAUUCCAUCACAGAUCUUGAUGACAAUCAGUCUCGACUUCUGGAAGCUUUGCAGCUCUCCUUGCCAGCUGAAGCGCAAAAUAAAAAAGAAAAAGCCAGAGAUAAGAAACUCAGUCUGAAUCCUAUUUACAGACAGGUCCCCAGACUGGUGGACAGCUGCUGUCAGCAUCUAGAAAAGCACGGUCUUCAGACAGUGGGGAUAUUCCGAGUGGGAAGCUCAAAAAAGAGAGUGAGACAAUUACGGGAAGAAUUUGACCGUGGGAUUGAUGUCUCUCUGGAGGAGGAGCACAGCGUCCAUGAUGUGGCUGCCUUGUUGAAGGAGUUCCUGAGGGACAUGCCGGACCCCCUUCUCACCAGGGAGCUGUACACGGCCUUCAUCAACACUUUGUUGUUGGAGCCAGAGGAACAGCUGGGCACCCUGCAACUCCUCAUCUACCUUCUACCUCCCUGCAACUGCGACACCCUCCACCGCCUCCUGCAGUUCCUCUCCAUCGUGGCCAGGCAUGCUGAUGACAACAUCAGCAAAGACGGGCAAGAGGUCACUGGGAACAAAAUGACAUCUCUGAACUUGGCCACCAUAUUCGGACCCAACCUGCUGCACAAGCAGAAGUCAUCAGACAAAGAGUUCUCGGUCCAGAGUUCAGCUCGCGCUGAGGAGAGCACCGCCAUCAUUGCUGUGGUGCAGAAAAUGAUUGAAAACUACGAAGCCCUGUUCAUGGUCCCCCCGGAUCUCCAGAACGAAGUGCUGAUCAGCCUUUUAGAGACUGACCCCGAUGUUGUGGACUAUUUACUCAGAAGAAAGGCUUCCCAGUCAUCAAGCCCUGACAUGCUGCAGUCGGAAGUUUCCUUUGCCAUGGGAGAGAGGCACUCAUCCACAGACUCCAACAAGGCCUCCAGCGGAGACAUCUCCCCUUAUGACAACAACUCCCCAGUGCUGUCCGAGCGCUCCCUGCUGGCUAUGCAAGAGGACGCGGCGCCGGGGGGCUCGGAGAAGCUCUACAAAGUGCCGGAGCAGUACACGUUGGUGGGCCACUUGCCAUCGAAGUCAAGAGAAAGUUCUCCAGGACCGAGACUUGGGAAAGAUAUGUCGGAGGAACCUUUCAAUAUCUGGGGAACUUGGCAUUCAACAUUGAAAAGUGGAUCCAAAGACCCAGGAAUGACAGGUUCCCAUGGAGACAUUUUUGAAAGUAGCUCCCUCCGACCCGGGCUGUAUUCCCUUUCUCAAGGGAACCUGUCCCCGAAUUGGUCUCGGUGGCAGGGUAGCCCCACAGAGCUGGACAGUGGCACGCAGGUCAUCCGGAGGACUCAGACCACGGCCACCAUCGCGGAGUGCCGGGCCCACCCGCCUGUAUCUCGCGUCUGCAGCACGCCCCACGCCCAGGGCAGCAGCCGGCGAUCGGAGCAGUCCACAUCCCGGUCUGAGCAGUCUUUGACUCUGAGCAGUGCCGAAGACCUGAGCGACAGCGAGCUGGACGUGGUGUGGCUGCAGACCCGAGCCAAACCUCUGUACCAGAGACCACGGGAGAGUGGAAGGCCCGACAAGAGGCCUCCCCCUCCUUAUCCUGGUCCCGGGAAGCAAGCCUUAGCAUCCUCCCAACAGCCUGCGGAGCCCCUCUUGUGGAGGCGUCAGCAGCCAGAGGAAGGCUCCGGAACAGCCUUGGAAGAGGGAAGCCAAGCAUCCGAGCAGGAGCAUCAGGCCACACAGCAAAAACUGAGUAGUGGCUACUCUGCCCGAGCCAGCGAUCAGAACAGUAAGAAAUUGGGUGACCCCAGCUGGCUCGACUGGCAGAGAGAGCGGUGGCAAAUCUGGGAGCUUUUAUCAACCGACAACCCCGACGCCCUCCCUGAAACGCUGGUAUGAACCCACGCCCAGGCUUGAGCCCUCACUGUCCCCAACAUCCUUCUUCCAGUCAAUGGGGGGAAAAGUGGAUGUUGGACAAUCGGACACUUGCUUAUUUUUCUUCUUUUACACAUUUAAAAAGCAACACAAGAGAAGCUCCAUUCACUUAAAGAUGUAGAGCCCUCUUCCCCUCGCCAUUUACAAUCCGGUCCUGUUGCAUAGCCAGCCUUAGGAAAAAACCAGAACCAAAACGGAUGACAGUAACCAGUCUAAAAACAACCCACCUUGGCUCUGUGUAAGAUAAAACUCUUGCUUUGGUAUUGCUUCAUUGUAUUUAUGUGUCUUCAGUUUUGAUUAUUGUAUAUUCUGUAACAGAUUGUGUAUGAUAAUCAUAUAUAUUCACAGAGAAAAAACAGAAGGAACAAUUUUUUUAAUCACUUCACUUAUAUAUUAAGCAAUGAGAUAUAGUAAGCAAUGAGAUUCUGUAGAAUGUUCUAGAAUGUGCAUAAGGAGGUUACUAUUCUUUUGCCAUAGCCUUUUAACAGGACAGCCCUUCAAUGCCUAAGAAACACAUGUAUAAAAAGGAAAACAAAACAAAACAAAACAGAAUGUGAGAAAGCCGUAUUUUUAUAUAGUAGUGAGAUACGAAAAAUAUAGUCACUAAGUACUUUUUCAUAUUGAGUAUGUUUUAGGAGUAUAUUAAAUUUGAUACAUUAUGAAAUAUAUUUUUGGAAUCUGUUUAGAAAGGAUUCAGUUAAUCAAGCAAGAGAAAGGCCGUGCCUAACAAAGAAGAAUUAACAAGUUGUCCUUCCCCUUCUAGGUCAAGUUCAAUUUUAUGUAGACCAUAUAUAAUAUAUAUUUAUAAUGUAUAAUUUUAUGUAUUUUUCAAAACUACAAACUGGAAUCCAACUAUAAGGUGUUUAAGAAUCUAAAUAGGUAUUCAAAUUAGAGCAGAACAUGGUUUUUCGUUUUGCCCCAUAAUCAGUGUUAACCAAAUUAUGUGAAAUGCUUUGUAAAGUAAAUCAUAAUUGGAAAAAAGCUACAGCUUUGUACUUACAUUGUGCCAAAGGCUGAGGAAGUGCUUUCUUCAGUCAACUUACGUCGUAUUGUAACAUGUUCCUACCGUACUUCAGUAAUACACGUGGACGUUUUUCAACUGCAAAACCACUGUACGACCAGCAGGUGGCGAUUUGCUUCAGUAUUUU